GAUUACUCUGUGUUAUUUGUUUUCUUAUUUGAAUUGAGUAAGAAAAAACGCAAAACUAACAAAAAUAUGGAUUUUCAGUGAAUUUAGAAGACUCAAAAACAUAGGAGAGUAGGUAGUAAUGGAUUUCAUUAUAAACAAGGAAUCAACAAAGGUUCACUUACACCCAGUUAAAUUUCUAAAUAUGAUUGGUUAGUGCCUCCGUUAGUGGCAUCUAAAAAUAAGUAAACAACUAUCCUUAAACAUAUUAACAUAAUAAAACAUAAAAAUAUGUAGAUGACAAAACUUAGAAUAAGCAAAUGCAAGCGUCCAUUGCGGAUCUUUGGGAUUGGGACCUCCAUAGAUUUUAUUUGUUUUUGGUCCUUAUUGAGAAAAAUCGUAUUUGUUUGAACAUAAUACUUAGAAUAAGAGGGGCGUAAGACAAGGUCAGUUGGGCUUAUUUACGGGUCUGUUACAUUAUGUAUCCACUAAAAACAAUUACCGGUCCUUUAUAGUUUUUUCUUUUCUUACAUGCAUGGGAAAGUAAAUACGAUAGACGAGUAAAGUAUAAUGUGAAAAUACUGAUAUUUGAAAUUUCUAAUUAGACCAUAUCUGUAUUCAGUUUUUAUGCGUAACAAAAUUUUAAAACAGUGUUUGUGUUAAUUAUCCGUUUCAAGUACUCUCUUUUUGUUUUGUUUACACAUAGUAGGGCGGCAAUAUUCGAUUGAUGACAAUGAUUGCUAAGCUGAAUAUAAACAUAAUUAUAAUUUUAAUGGCAACAAAUAUUCAAAUAAAGUAAAUAGUUAACAAUACUUAAAUGCUAAUCGUACAGAUCAAAGGAAGAGAAAAGAAUAGGAUAGGUCUACCGAUUGAAAAUGAAAGAGCUAAAGCAUUCUUGUGGCUCCCAUCUCCUGUCUCCCUCAUCUAUCACUAAUUAACCCGAUAAUCCAUAACAUCAUCAACAUAAUUUGCAUUUUACUUUGCUAUAUAUAAUCUACGUUUUCUUUUUUGGUAAGAAUAUAAUCUACGUUGUACAUCUGUAUUUUUUUAGACUAAACGUUUUACAUAUGUUUGAUCUGAAAUGUUAUAACACUUUAUACUUAACUAAAAACGAGCUGGCUAAUUAAAAACGAUGUACUCGAGGUUGAUUAUUUAAAGAAAAUCAGACUGUUAUUUUUAAAAUAUAAAAUUCUAGUUUUAAGCUAGAUUGUUAUUUCAUAUAUUAAAUCAUGCGAACUAGUAGUUUAUUUCAGUAAUUUCACACAAAAUUUAUCAUUUAUCUUGGAUGAGAUAAAAUUGAAUGAUCAUUUCAUCAGUUUCUCAAAAAAAAAAAAAAAUUAAAAAUCAUUGUAUGGUUAUUUUGAUGCAAGAUAAUAAAAUGUGUUUGACUAAUUUUUUCUUACAUUUUAUUCAUCUUAUCCCCUGCUUUUUAACCCUUGUGUUGAUUUGAUACUACUUGUGUAUCUAAAUAUAUAUUCCCAUCAAAUAAUUUUUGCAAGAAUAUAAUAGAUUAUUUCUACUUAAUGUAGAAAAUUUUCUUAAGGUCUCUCCACUAUCAUUGACAAUAGUUUCUCUAUAUUCCUCUCUUCUUCUCCUUCAGAGACCCAAAAUACUAAAAAAUAAAAAAUUAGGAAAAAUCUUAUGAAUCAUAAGUACUAGUCAUGUAGUGAUUAUCAUCGAUCAAGAAAUCAAAAAGAGCCGAUCGAAGCCAUGGCUAGUCCUAGCAACAAAGGCAAAGGCAUAACCGAAGGAUCAUCUUCUCAAUCUCAACCGCAACCACAACCACAAGCGCAACCACAACCACUUCCUAACCCACCAGCGUUAAGCCGGUACGAGUCACAGAAACGGCGAGACUGGAACACGUUUUGUCAAUACCUUCGUAACCAGCAACCACCGGUUCACAUCUCACAGUGCGGUUCGAACCACAUCCUAGACUUCCUACAGUAUCUUGACCAGUUCGGAAAGACAAAAGUUCAUGUCCAUGGAUGCGUUUUUUUCGGACAAGUUGAGCCGGCGGGACAGUGCAACUGUCCUCUAAAGCAAGCGUGGGGGAGUUUAGAUGCUUUGAUCGGACGGCUGAGAGCGGCUUACGAGGAGAACGGAGGGUUGCCGGAGAGAAACCCGUUUGCCGGCGGCGGAAUUAGGGUUUUUCUUAGGGAAGUGAGAGAUUCACAGGCCAAGGCAAGAGGAGUUCCGUACAAGAAAAGGAAGAAGAAGAAGAGGAAUCCUAUGAAGAGUGGACAUGGUACUACAGGGACUAGUAGCUCCAACUUGCCAUCUUAGCAAGCAAACAAAAAACAUAUAAUAAAACAAAUGUGAGAUUAAUUAAUGGUAAGCAUUAUUUUUCUCUAUAUUUAAUCUCUAUAAUUUUCAUUUAAUUACAACGUUUAUGAUCUUUUUGGAAUUCUACGUAUUUAUAUGUUAAAGAUCUCGAUAGAACGCUCUUGUUGCA